AGAAUUUACUCCCAUUUGCAUCUCGACUUUUGCAAGGAACGUUACGUUACGUUACGUUUUGCUGAAAGUAAGAGUAAAGUAAAGUUAGUGAUACGUCGUCAUCAUCAUUUACAUACAUUUUGUGGAGGAGCUGUUGACUUUAUCUAUCUAUCGGGGCUAAAUUAUCAUAAUCAAAUUCACUCGGUUAGUAAGUUAGUGAAAGAUUUCUGCACGUGGAGGAGUGGAUUUGAAAGUUAGAUUUUAUUUUUGAAGUGAUCAUCUCGGAAAAAAAGUGUACAAUACAUUGUUAAAAAAAGUCAAAUGUCAAGUUGAAUGUGCAAUUUGUGUGUUGGGAAAAAUGAGACGAAAUUUAAUGCCAUAAUCGCAUACAUAAAAUUUGCAUGCAAUCCAUCACGCGAGGAGGAAAUGUGCUAAAAAAACAAAAGUGAAGUUCUCCUUUUUUGUUUACUUAUUCCGGACAAAAUAUCAAUUUAGUGCUGAACUCAUGUUUAAUACCAAAGGUCACCAUUUUGAGACAGCUUUGGACAACAAAUGUGACAUCAUAGCUCAUUUCCGUAAGGAAAAGAAGUGCAUUUACGAAAAUGAUACAGGACUGGAAGAUUCCUAGGAAUAAAAAAUCUAGGAUAAAAAAAGUAUCGAAAAUAGAUUUCAAAAAUCGUCCCAUUUCAGGAAAUGAUGAACCCAUUUCAGUAUUAUUACGAAGAAGAAGGAGCAAUUUUAUUAUUUUCUCAUCAGUAUCACCCCGUCUAAUGGAGACAACAAUGCGACUUUUCCUCUUAUUUUUAUCACUUUCCAUCUUCCCAGCGGUAGCAUGUGGUCCAAAUCCGGGCCCGAUAAUGGGCGAGAUAACAACAACACCGGGUAAAAGUGGGAGCGGGACUUAUUCCCUCUUUCCUGAUGAGGACUUGCGAACCGGAAAGAAAAUUCGGUUUGACGAUGAACGCAGUAAUUUGGACAGAGGGCGACCAUUUCCGCAGCCACCAUUUGAAAAUCGAGAUUACAUCAGAGAUCGUGGAGUGGGGGAUAGAUAUCGAAGCACGUCAUCUUAUCCGAUCGUGUUUGAAGAUAGACUCCAUCGCCCGGGAGAUUUUGGAGGAAGGUUUGAUAAUCGGGACAGGAAUCAGCCUCCUCUUCAUCUCGACCCAUUCAGACCGAGAGGGUCGUCGUCCCGAGUGUAUUUUGAUGAUGAGAGGAUAAGCCUAGAUAACCACAGAGAUCGAGAUAACCACCGAGAUCGAGAUAACCACCGCUACCGAGAUGGUCGAUACUACCACGAUGAUACCCGGUUUCCAACCCCGCCAUCAAAACAGCACAAUUAUUAUGAUAACCGUUUCACUCAACAAAAUUAUCGGGAUGAGAAACCUCACCUACUGGACAGACCGAUAAGCCCGUUACGACCUUAUCAUCACUACUACUACCCCGAUAUCCCACCAGGUCCUAGUCACUCCAAACUCCCGGUGGGCGCCACCCUCGGAAACGUAAAUAGGAACAGUGACCCCGUGCGAAUCCACGUUUUCGACCCGGCCUCAAACUCUUUCGGGAAUCCGAGAAAUUCAGCAAGUUCAGGAACUAAUUCCAAUUCCUUCCAAGAGAACGAGGGUCCAAGUCCCGAACUAUUUUUGAACCAUGACGAAUACUUAGAAUACCACCGAAAAAUCGGGGUUGUGCGAGAGCAGGAAUUCCGAAAGUUGCAGCAAGCACUCGGCGCAAUUAAACCCCCCACGACCACAAUUUCCCCUCUUAACGCCUCCGACGGCUCGAGACGCGUCCUCUUCACGGCACAACAACCCUUCGCCCCAUCCCCGGGACUUUCUCCGCCUGCUCGUGACGCAACGACGCCGCAUCCCGGGGAGAAAAUCCAGACCCAAGGGCAGAGUCCAAUUAGGGCAGAAAAAGUGCGAAAUAAUGAGAAUAAUAGUGGUGGUGGUCAAGUACCCGUCGCAAUUUACACGGGUAGUAGUGGUGGUGGUAGUAGUGACGAUAAGAAUGACGGUGAAGUGUCACUUGUCAGCGUCGUGGAGGAGAAAAUUCCUCCGAAAAAACCGAAUCAUCAAACUAUUCCUCCUCGAGAAGAUAGUAGUACUGAUAGGAAAAGUGUUGUUAGUGGUGGUGGUAAUAAUAAUAAUCAUAAUCAUAACGAGGCCAGUAAUAGUGGUAGUAGUGUCUCACAUCAUCGACACCAUAAAGGUAAUAAUAAUGAUGAGACGACGAGAAGAAAUCCUAAAAAUGUGGGAGUAGAAGAAGAAAGUGAAUCUCCGAAAGCUCAAGUGACCCGAAUCCUCCUUCCCCCCGAAGGCUUCUCCUCGAGCAGUAGUAGCAGACCAAGUUUUAUAUCAAAGUCGGGACGUCGCCUAGCGUAUGAGCAGAUUCAGAGGCAGAUUCAUAAUCAGCAAAGAAAUGAGACGGGAGGGUCGCAAAAAGCAGAGCACAACGGUUAUCCAACCGUGAAUUAUCACAAUUUUGAUGUGAGACAACCCUUGAUCACUUCCGUUGUUCCAAAGUUUGAUGACGAUGACGCUUCAAGUGUCGAUGAGGGGGAUAAAAUUGAUAAGGUGACAACGGCAAAAAGUACGUCAACCUCGACCUCGACGACAACAACGGGGAAAAGUACAUCAACGUCAACUUCUACAGAUCGAAAUUAUGGGACACCAUCGACAGCAACGGCAUUAUCGCUGGUUGAGAUUCCUAACGAAGAAGCAAAGAUCGACUUUGGGCAACCUGUCGAUGAUAAGCUUGUCCCAUUUUCAGAUCCGACCAAACAGAUCAACAGAACAUUGGGCAGGAAUAAUUAUUCAAAACAGGAACACGCACCCAAAUUUCCACCGGUCUUAUUACUGUCCAAGGACAACGACGCCAAUAAGAAAUUGGGAACGGAAGCUGCCUCCAAAAGUAGCAAAUCUAGAAUUAGAACCCAAUCUGGGGAUAAAAUUGCAAUAAUUAAACAACAAGAGUUAAAACAGAGGCGAAAAAAAUUAAGUAAAGCGUCCCAUUUGCAUAAGGGACAUGAAAACGAGGAGGUCUUCAUCCAAACAAGAUCAGUACCGCAAAAUUCAUUUGGGAAACAAUUAUCAAAUUUUCAAAUUCCCCUGCAAAAUUCUUCAAAUUUUCCAUUCAAUUUUGGGGAACAAUCGAAUUUCCGAAUUCCUCUCCUCCCCGAAAAACCGAGGGGAUUACGAGUUAAACAAAUAAAGAGCAUGGAACUUCGCAGCAAUCACGACGUUGAUUAUUAUCCCAGUAAUAAAAAUGAUACCAUUAACACGCAUCUGCUCAUGAACGGCCACCCAUUUCUUGACAAUAAUGACUUGAUUGACCCUCAAUUUUCUGUGGAAUUUCUUCUGUCGCAAAAAAACAAUGGGAAUAAUAACGCGGAAUUACAAGACGAUCAUUUCACCCUCAUUAAUCAGAACAAUGACCAAGUUGACAUUGACGAUGGUCCAACUCCGCCCAAAAUUGUAUUAUUACCGGACAAUAAAACGAUACCAUUUCCUCACCAUCGCCAAGCCGAUAUUCAUAUUGACCUUAACAACAAUGACGACGGAGAUAACUUAAUUUACAUGGGGAGUAGCCGCGCAAGUGAUGACGAUGACGAUAAAAUGACCAAAAAUAAUAACGCUGCCUCAAAUUUUAUUAAAGUUGUCCGACUUAAAAACCCUUCCGUUUCUUCUUCUGCUAAUUCUGCUGCUAAUUUGCGAACCGCUGCUAAAACCGUGUCGAUGUUCAUGGCGGAAAAAAUGGAUUAUAUUUCUUCUUCCGCGACCAAAAAGAAGGAUGGUGCUUAUCUUGUCGAGAAAAAAACGCGGCCGCCUCGCGUCCUGCUGUCCAGCUCGAUUAACGCUACGACGCUUUCUUUCCUAAAGUCUAGAUUUUAUUCGGGAAAAAAGAGGGGUAAAAAAUCUGAUACAUUUUUAGAAUCUGCAACAGCAAAAUCGUCAUCGACGCAAAAUGUUGAGCUAUCAACCGUUUUGGAUGGUGCAAAAUUGAACAAAACGAGGACAGAUGACGAGCCGGAGAUGAAGAUGAAGAUCACGAUGACCUCGUCCACCUCGGUGGGCGUUAUUGCGAAGGUGCACGCGCACGUGUCGCACUGUCCAAAGGUGAAAAGUCCGGCGGAGAUUAUUUGCGAUAUUCACAUCAGGGACAGUCAUGGUCAUCCAAAUCCCCAAUUGACGGUCGGUUGGCGGAGAAAGUUUUACAACUCGACGCAACCCGACAUCCUUCUCGUCUCCAAUAUGACGCAAGUCUACGAAGAAAUGAUCCUCGAGCCGGACGCGGAGAUGUCGAUUGUCAACACGAAUGGAAAUUACAACGCCACUUCGGCCACCAUUGUUCGAAGCGAUGCGGGGGACAGUGCCAUGAAAAAUGAGAAUAAUAAAGAAGGUCUGCAAGACUUUCACGACAAAUUUAACGUCACAUUAGCGCCGGGAAUAUCGCCCAUGUUGCGUUCAGUGUUGCUCAUUCGGAGUGUCACUGCCCCAGAUUGUGGUUCAUACCAAUGUCAAGUUACGGACGGAGUUUACACCCUUUCUUCGGAAACAUUGCUUUUCCUCUGCCAUUAAGGAAAAGGGAAUGGAGUGAAAGUUGGGGCUAGACUUUCCACGCGACGAUUUGGUGAUGAUGUCAUCAGCAUCAUCACAUUUCAUCUCAAUCUUGUUACAGUAUUUCUCGGUUUACAAUUAUUAAAAACUGUUGACCUUUUUUUGUUAAAGUAUGGAUGUAUGUGUUUACAACGUGCAAAAAUAAAGUGCAAAUUACUAAUCGAA